CCUCUAAAAGCACUCUGUGUGGGGAACAUGAGAGCCAGACCAAAGCUCAGAGACUCACUGAAGUCCUCAAGCAGAUGAUGAUGGAGGAAGAGGAGGACAGAGUAGAGUCUACAGGAUCCAGCUUUCCAUCUGUGACCACUGACCGGUCCAAAGGUCAUCCUCCAGACUUCAGUGAUGAGCCAACGAGAUUAAACAUGGGAAUGUGCACAGAUGACAUAGAUUGUAACAAGAUUUACCCUGUGACUGAAUAUUCCAUAUCAAAUCGCAUCGCACUGCUGAUCAAUAUUAGACAUUUUUAUGAUCUGAAAUCAAACCGACACGGUGCUGAGUAUGACGCACAAGCCAUGCUCAACCUGCUCUAUAAUCUGGGCUAUGCAGUGGUAUAUUAUCAAGACCUGACUGCACAGGAGAUUGAUGAGGCUCUAAUUCGUUUCUCCAAGCAUCGAAAGCUCUUUAACACAGACAGUGUGUUUGUGGUUCUCAUGUCUCAUGGCGACUUGGGAACUAUCCGUGGCUCUGACAUGAAGAACUUUGAAAUUGAUAAAAUUUAUGAGCGCUUAAACACAAAGAACUGCCCUGCACUAAUGAACAAACCAAAGGUCAUAAUCAUUCAGGCCUGUAGAGGAGAGACUGAAGGAGUAGUUACAGUAGAUGCAAGAAAACAAUCCAUGGGGACAGAAAACACUGGCCCUCCAUCAAAAAACAUUGCCAAAGUUGGAAAAGUACACAUAGAAAAGGAUUUCAUUGGUUUUCAUUCGAGCACACCUCACACCUAUUCAUAUAGAAACCCAGAAUAUGGUUCUAAUUUUUUCCAUUACAUUUGUGAUGUGAUCCUCACGGGGUGUUGUCAAGAUGAUAUUGAAGAACUAUUCAAAAAGGUCAUGCAACAGUUUGAAGAUUUCCCCUCUGAACAGAGGCAGAUGCCAACCAAAGAGAGAGACACUCUGACAAAACACUUCUACCUAUUUCCAGGAAUUAAGCACCGGUUCCCCGAAGAGAAGCAACUACACAAGAGACUGGAAGCUCUCAGAAUAUGAGUUCCAUAUCAAGAUUUAGACAUCCUGUGAUAUCUGGAGAAACACACAAACAGUAUAUGACAAGCAAACAGUUUAAAUGUGGCUUAAAGAUGUGUGCAACAUGUGAUGCCAGAAAAAGUUAUGACAGGACCAGCAAGUUUAUACUUAAAAUUGUUCAGAUGGUGUUCCUGGAAAGAACUGUUGAGGAUAAUAGAUUUCUUACUGCACAUUGGAGUACAGAAGACUGGAGUUUGGGAUUGCUUGCAACGUUAUAAUAUGGCAGUUGCCAUAUGGCAGUUGCCAUAUGUGCAGUGUGUUGGUAUAGUUUUACACUGGCGUCCACAAAACAAACAGACUGGUUGGGCAAACUUCCAUGCGCCCUCAAGUAUCCGCAGUAUCAAGAAAACUGCAUUGUUCCUCCUGUAUCCGAGGUUUGACUAACAGACAGACUCUCCUUUCUCGCACAUUGGCAUAGACUUUCCCAGGGAGGCUGAGGAGUGUGAUCCCCUGUAGUUGGAACACAUCCUCUGGUCUCCCUUCUUAAAA